AUGGCGUUGGCCAUCUCGGACAAUAACAAGGCUCCGCACAACUUGAGCCGCGGGAGCGACACCGUUUUUACUGGGGCCACCCACGUCUUUGCCGUCAGCAAGUUCACCACUACUGCGGACCCAGCCUCAACUCGGACCAGCUUGGCCCAGCGGCUGCUCCGAGCCCUUCUCACCUGCCUGCUGGCCUCGGAUGCCACCCUCGGCGGCCACCCUCCCUCGGCAAUCUCUUCCCAGCGGCUGCUGUCCGCCGAAGUUUGUCGGCUCAUCGACGGCCUUGCUGGUGGCGACCGCGGCUCCGGGCACGAUGUCAUCCUAGCGACUUUGGGCGGCCGUGCGGCUGGCCCUUCUGCGGAUGGCCACACCCAGGGCCCCUUCUCCCAGAACUCCGGCUCCCCACCGAGCCGUUUGGCUGGCAACGGCGAUGGCGUUAGCACCCACGGCGGCGGUGGAGGCGGCGGUGUCUCCGCUCCGUGCCGUGGUGCCUGGAAUGGCCGUGGUGCCUGCGGCGGUGACGGUGGUGGCGGUGGCGGUGUUGCAGCCCGGCGCGGCGACGGUGGUGGCGGUGGCGGUGGCGGUGUUGCUGCCCGGGGCGGCGACGGUGGUGGCGGUGGCGGUGCUGCUGCCCGGGGCGGCGACGGCAGUGGUGGUGGUUGCGACAGCGACAGCGGUGGCGACGGCGGUGGAGGUGCUUGCGGCGGCGGCUGCUCCAUAGGGCCUGGCCGUGCCCAGAUUGCUGCCUCUUCGGCCUCAGCCUCAUCCAGCCGCUUCUGCCACUCUCUGGCUGCUGCGGCUGCCCGUGCCACCGCCCGCUGCGCGAAUAUUCGCCGCACCACCUCUGCCCGGGUUGCGAAAAUCCGCUUUGCUUCCUCCGGGCGACCCGAUGGCGCUGCGUCGCCCAACCGGAUCCGCCCGAAUCCGGCUGCGGCCCUCCUUAUACGGCGGAAUGCCAUCCGGGCCUUUGCCGCCCGACGUGGCUAG